AUGAGCGUCUUUGCGAGGGGCGGCUUGGGGCCGCUGUGUGCGGCGGCUCGCGCGGUCAUUCCCUGUCUUUGGAGAGGGAAAUACUUCAGCUCCGGGAGAGAGCCGGCGGAAACCCAGGUGACACCAAUGCUGCGGCAUCUUAUAUACAAAAUCAAGGCAACUGGCCCCAUCACUGUGGCUGAGUACAUGAAGGAGGUCUUGACCAACCCUGCCAAGGGAUAUUACGUGUACCGUGACAUGCUAGGAGAAAAAGGAGAUUUCAUUACUUCACCGGAAAUAAGUCAGAUCUUUGGGGAGCUGCUAGGUAUAUGGUUCAUUAGCGAAUGGAUGGCUACUGGAAAAAAUGCAGCUUUCCAACUGGUGGAACUGGGCCCAGGCAGGGGUACCCUCGCAGGAGAUAUUUUGAGGGUGUUCAGUCAGCUUGGAUCUGUGCUGAAAAACUGUGACAUUUCAAUACAUCUGGUAGAGGUGAGCAGAAAAUUGAGUGAGAUUCAAGCAUUAACACUGACUGAAGAGAAGAUCCCACUAGAGCGAAAUGCUGGAUCCCCUGUAUAUAUGAAAGGUGUUACAAAAUCUGGGAUUCCAAUCUCAUGGUACCGAGAUCUGCAUGAUGUUCCAAAAGGACACAGCUUUUAUCUAGCACAUGAAUUUUUUGACGUCCUUCCUGUGCAUAAGUUUCAGAAAACCCCACAAGGAUGGCGAGAAGUAUUCAUUGAUAUCGAUCCACAGGUUUCUGAUAAGCUGCGGUUUGUUUUGGCGCCUUGUGUCACACCAGCAGAAGUCUUCAUACAACGUGAUGAAAUGAGGGACCACGUGGAAGUGUGUCCUGAGGCUGGCAUUAUCAUUCAGGAGCUUUCUCAGCGCAUUGCACUAACCGGAGGGGCUGCACUGAUUGCCGAUUAUGGUCAUGACGGAACGAAGACAGAUACCUUCAGAGGGUUUUGUGGCCACAAGCUCCAUGACGUCCUGACUGCCCCAGGAACAGCGGACCUCACAGCUGAUGUGGACUUCAGUUAUCUGCGCAGAAUGGCAGAGGGAGAAGUAGCUUCUCUGGGGCCAAUAAAACAACAGACAUUUUUAAAAAAUAUGGGCAUUGAUGUCCGGUUGAAGGUUCUUUUAGACAAAUCAGAUGAGCCAGCCAGGCAGCAGUUACUUCAGGGAUAUGAUAUGUUGAUGAAUCCUAAGAAGAUGGGAGAAAGAUUUAACUUUUUUGCCUUGCUACCUCAUCAGAGACUUCAUGGUAGAAGCCAUCCGAUGAAUGCAUGUCAGUCAAAACCCUCUGUGUCACCUGUAGCUGGGUUUGGUGAACUUGCCUGGCGGUGAUCUCAGUGUGGACGUUUUACCCCUAAGUCUGCCUAAGAAAGCAAAAUAAAGGGAACACGUUUCAUAUAUCACAGGUAAAAUAAGUAUUACAAUAUUUUGUCUUUAUAGCCAAUAAAAAUAGCCCAUCUUACAUACAGUACAACUAAAUAUUGAUCUUUUAAGGUUGUGUCUGGCUUUUGGCACAAUUGUGUGCUUUCAGCUUAAUGAAACAAGUUACUGAGAAACUGUCUUUUAAUAAGACUAGUUGCUGUAUUUUUAUUUUAAAAAGUAAACAUGAGGGCGCCUGGGUGGCUCAGUUGGUUAAGCGACUGCCUU